AUGGCGACAUCAGAUCUCGACCCUCUACUGCUUCUUCGGCAGUCAAUUGCGUCCAACAGCCAGAUCAUCCCGACCGCGUCCGACGAUGCCUCAGCCCCAGAGGUAGAGCUCUCCAAGGCGACACAUCUCACAUUCACCACACCAUCGCGCAUAUCACUGCCCAUAACGACACCUACGCGCUUCGUCGCAAACGACACGCCUGUCGACCUACGCAGCAUCUAUUUCUUAUGGUUGAAGCGCGAGGUUCCCAUCCCAGAAUACAAUGCCGCCGUGUCGCAACUCGACGACGAACUAGUCGACGGCAAGGUCCACAAACCAGCAUACUUCGAACGGGUCGAGCUGAUUGCCUGGCUCGAGGGGUCCAGUGAGGAGAGUGAAUACAUCAAGCCUUUGGCUGGCGACAGAGAUGGCGCAGCCUCCAAUGCCGCCGCCGCAUUGGCCUCGAAAGGAGCCGCUGCCCCAGCAAUCGGUGGCACCCUGGGCAAGUCUGGCAAGGGCUCUCUAGAUCCGCGACUGGCCAUCAUCUACAACAGUGAGCGCAAGAUGGGAGACCGAAAUAGCUGUCUGCGUGGGAUCAAGCCUACAGACUUUUCUCAUGUCCGAAAACUAGCAGCUCCCUUCAUGUCCAAGAAGCCCUCGCAGUCUUUUCCCACCCACGUGUCUAGCGUUCAACCUCUCACACACAACCAGAAGCAGAGACGCCCCGACCCCAUAAUUCUACUAUCGCCCUCUGCCUCGUCCCUUCUGCGCAUGACCAACGCCAAGUCCUUCCUCGAAGGCGGUAGAUUUGUGCCGGCUGAUUCGCCCUUGGCCUCUGCCGAAGGCUCUACCAUGCUGCACAUCAACCGCACACUACCCGGCAUCGACCCCAACAGACCCUUUCGUUUCAUCCUUGUCGAGAGCCCCGAGAGGUUCAAGCCCGAGUACUGGAAUCGCGUUGUGGCCGUCUUCACCACCGGCCAGCAAUGGCAGUUUAAGAGCUACCAAUGGAACAAUCCCAACGAUCUCUUCAAGCGCAUCCCUGGUGUCUACGUGGGCUGGCGGUCUGACAAGCUUCCAGAGACGGUACAGUCCUGGGGUCACAGAGUUACCGCUGUCGGCGUCGAACGAUGGAAGGAUAUCAAUCCAAGUGCUGCCGCCGUCGAUCAGAGCCGAUGGCGAGAUCGUGAGGUUGUCGAUCAAAUCUGGAGGGUCAUUGAGAGCAACAUGCGCAGUAAAGGAUGGUCGAGAGAUAGGGCUCCGACGUCGAUAUGA